AUGUCCAAAGUCACCGCAGCUUGCACCGCAACGCCAGCUCCGGCAGACAAGAGCACAGACGAGCCAAGAUUGGCUGUGUCCAAGGCUAAAUUUCCCAGGAAUGUGGAAUUGAGGGCACAAUGUGACGCCGCCCAGCAUGAGGUGGCGGAGCUGAAGAGCCAGUUGCGCAAGUCUGAGCAGACUAUCGAGAGCCCUCGUAAUUCACCGCCGACUGUGAUGACUUGGCUUGCCACGACCGUGCAGAGCCGUUUCCAGUUCCUCAAUGAGCUUCAGUCGGAAGCUAGCGACCUAGAACAAGCAGUAGCUGUAGACAGGCCGUUAGAGGAGGCGCACGCCAAACGCGAGACCGAGCGUCAAAGAUGGGACGCUCAGAUGCGAAUUAUGACUGAUGUCGCACAGCUCUAUGGUAUAGGUUUCAGGACAGAAGUCAAGGGCCUGUCUACCACGGCACGUACAGUUUUGAAAGCAGAAGUCCAGCGUUUGCUCACUCACUGUCUGAAGAACAGCGAGGUGGUCAGAAAGACCACUGCAGCUGAGGCUACCAGGAUUUUGGCCGACAGGAAGUCGAAAAUGCAGCAGAAAGAAGCCUCGAUCGAUGAGUCUCUCAAGCUCAGAGAGGACCGCGUUAAGCACCAAGAGGGCAUGCGGAAAUGGUACAAGAUGGUCGAGAUUUCGACAUUGAACCCAAAUAGGAACGCCGCGAAAGCCUUAUCAGCACGGGAAGAACCGCUCCCCCGGAAGAGUGCAGAUAUGCUCUGUCUUACCCCGCGGUCAAAAACCUCCUCAACGUGA